AUGUUUAUAUUUCAAUUAAUAACUAAUAUAUUAAUAAUAUCUGUCAUUAUAUGUAAUGGAGAAAUAUUACGCGAAGAUUGGGAUCUUAAUUCACCAUGUCAACCUUAUAUUGAGAAAUUUUCGGUCGCAAUAUCUCAAAUGACUGAAUGUGCUGCUAAUUUUACAUCUCCUCCAAAAGUAUGCACAAAUUGUAUUGAUCAAUAUAUUAAUUUUAAAGAAUUAGAAUAUACUAUAAAAAACUUAAAUAAUGUUUCAUCAUUAGAUAAUACAACAUGUUCUCAAGUUGUUUAUGGACAAUAUUUAUUAUCAUAUGUUAAAAAUAUAGCUGAUUCAUUAACUAAACAGGUUUGGGAUUUAUCAAGAUGUGAUUCAUGCCUCAUUGUUCAAUGGAAUUUUGAAGGAGGUGGUUCAAAAAUAGUAUAUGAUAGUAAAACUAUUGAUUUUCAAAAUAAAAUAUUUAGUUGGAGAAAUUGUGCAUCUAAUAAAUCAUCAACUGAAAAAGAUAUAUGUAAAAGAUGUUCACAAGCAUUUGACAAUUUAUUUGAUUAUUAUUGGAAAAUUUAUUCAGAACCAAAUGACGAUUUUUGUGUUGAUGUUGAAACAACAAUGAAUGACACAAUGAAUAUUUGGCACAAUAUUUGGAAUUGUACUGAUGAUAGCCGUAAGGAUCGAAGAUAUGAUAGCACAAUGCUUCUAACUACUACAUCAUUUUUUAUAUUUUCAAUAAUUGUUUUUUAUGUUGGUAGUUUUAUACAAAGUGAAAGAAAACCUCAACGUCUAGAAAAUUAUUCUGCUAGACCACCAAUACAAGUACCCCGAUCACGAUUAUUAAGUUCUUCAACUCAUAAUGACAGUAACUCUGAACAUUCUUAUUUAAAUCCAACUUUUACAUCAAUGAUAGCGGAAGACUAA